AUGCCCGUUGAUUACAGCAAAUGGCUGUCUGACGAUUCCGAUAUCGAAGUCCAUCCCAACGUCGACAAGCGUUCCUUCAUCCGUGCAAAGCAGAACCAAAUCCACCAACAGCGUGUCGAUCGCAAACACCAGAUUGAAACUCUCAAAUAUGAAAAGAUCAUCAACGAUGGCUUGAUCAAGCGCAUAGACGACCUGCUCGACUCCUUGCAGUCUUUCAAGCAAGAAGCCGAGCAGGCUUCAUCAGGCUUCGAACGCUACAUCUUCCAGGCUCUGAUCAAGAGCACAGGCUCCCCUGACAAAGAUACUCCCCCACCUCCACCAGGCGGUGUUCAUGCAAAUGUUCAAGAUCCCCCACGCUACAGCAAGAUGAUGGCUGCUCUGGUCGAUCAAGCCAAGCAGGCCGUAGACGAGGCCAAGCCUGCGCCUUCAGCAUACUAUGCUGCCUUCAUAACCGAAGUCACCUCGCACAAGACAAAGAUUCAGGAUCUACAAGUCCAGCUACUGGAGAAGCUUGCUGAGCUCGAGAAGGAGGAAAAGGCAAAGAUUACCAGCGAAACUUACCGCACCGGCUUCGAUAGCUCUCACGUCUCCAAAUCUUCGACUCAGCCUGGCGCCAGCAAACCUUCGUCAACUCCUGAGCUGCUCAACCCGUCGCGCCCUUCUAUUCAACAUGCCGACAGUGGUCAAUCGUCAGGCGCUGAUGCUGACAUCGAGGAUGAGUCGAUCGUCACGAAACCCGUCGCGAGUCUAGACAGCGACGACGAAGACAUGCAGGCCUCGCCCCUAGCAAAGAAGUUUGCCAAGAUUAGAUACGGCGACUACCGUUCUUCACUGGAUUUCAUCUCAAAUAAUCCCUCUGUCAUGGGAGAGAAAGAGACGGAUGGUCUACUAGUAGAGGCUUUCAAUGCCCAGAGCGACGGAAAUGACGACUACGCAAAACAAUGUGUCCACCAAGCCUUGUUACUGCAGUACUGCCGACAACUGGGCCGUGACGGAGUACAGCUCUUCUUCAAGCGUGUCACCACACAGGGUCAUCAAGCACAGAAGCUGUUCAUGGACGACGUCAACUCAACAUACGCCAGAAUCCGAUCGCGCACAAGAGAACUCGCUGAGCAACGCAAGCGCGAUGAAGCAGAUGGUACCGGCGGCGUCGAACAAAUCCAAUUGCAUGCAGUAGAUCCCAACACCACCAUCAACAUUGUGGUGCCACCUGCCGAUUCUACUGAUGAGGAUGCCAAGGAGGCUCGCGCAGUCUUCGAGACUUUCCCGCCAGGCCUUCAACGCGCUCUUGAAAGCGGCAGCUUGGACAGAGUCAACGAGGUUUUGGGCAAGAUGAGUGUUGACGAAGCCGAGCAAGUCGUAGCACAACUUGGUGAGGGUGGCAUGUUGAGCUUGGAAGAGGGCGUCAUCGAUGCAACAACCGAAGAGGGACGAAAGCAGAUGGAGGAGAUUGAGCGUUCGGGUCAGAUGCCUCACGAGCAACAGGGACGUGUGAUCGAAGAAAGUGAAGAUCCUGGCAUGGAUUGA